UAUAUAAAUAUAAAUAUCCCAGUAUCAACAAAGCCACACAUACUGCCAGAGGCAACGAGGGGACGUUGGUGCCGCGGACACCAGCGAGGCGAAGCUUUUCUUCUUCUUUUUCUACGCUUGCAUCUGGAACAGGCAUCUCUUCUUUGGCGACAAAUUUCUCUAGGGUUCAGGCGUCAUUUGUAUCCCCCUCCCAUUGCUUGAAAUACUCUGAGAGCAGCUUCGAAAGAGGCAAUGGUGGAGAAGAAUGGUGAAGAUGAUUCUCUCCCCAGUUGCUCAACAGUGAUGUGAAAAGUGCUCUGAGACUGAAGGCUCAGCUGGUUUGGAAAAGACCUCCAUCUGCAAAGGGACCGGUUCUCACACCAAGUACAGAGCAGCACGCAAUGAGGAAGAAAGAAAAGAGGUGCUUGUCCAAUCAGAGGUGCAGAUGGCCACAGAAGACAUGAAUACCAGCCAAUCUGGCACUAGGACGACUUCCACUUGCCAAAUCAUACAUAAAUCAAAUGUGACCCUGCUAAUUAAUCGACUUAUACAGUUUACCUAGACACACAUACUACCAAUGAAGUGUUACAUCCCAUUCAUGCACUCUAUUUCUUCAAGCUUUUAGCAAUUCCUCGGUUUGGCACAUUUGCCGCUCAUAGAACAGUCACAAUUCUCAAGAAAAGCAAAUCCCUGUUCAUGAAAAUAUAACCGUUAAAAAACCCUCCCACCCUCCCUUCCCAAUGGCUCCAGUCUACAAGAAUAAAUGUUAGAUGGCGAGCAACUCUGGUCGGCUUUCUCCAGCGGAUACUGCAAUGACAUCCCAAAUGGCCCAGAACACUGAACAGGGACGGCAGCGACAUAACACGACUGGAGGGUCUUCAUCAGUGGUCUUGUCUACAGCCAGCUCCUUCUUCUGUUUCCUUGCACUGCUUUCAAUGAUGCGGCUGCCGGUGGUUAAGGCGGACUGCUGGCUUAUUGAAGGGGAAAAAGGCUUUGUGUGGCUGGCUAUCUGCAGUAUGAACCAGCCUCCCUACGAGGCCAUCCCCUCCCACAUUAACAGCACUAUUGUGGAUCUGAGGCUGAACGAGAACAAGAUACGGGCGGUCCAUUAUUCUUCACUGAGUCGCUUCAGCAACCUCACCUAUCUGAACCUGACCAAGAACGAUAUCAGUUACGUGGAAGAUGGAGCGUUUUCAGCACAAUUUAAUCUGCAGGUUCUCCAGAUGGGCUUCAACAAGUUGAGGAACCUGACAGAGGGCAUGUUGCGAGGCCUGGGCAAGCUGCAGUACCUUUACCUGCAAGCCAACCUCAUUGAGACUGUUACACCCAACACCUUCUGGGAAUGUCCGAAUAUAGAGAAUAUAGACCUCUCCAUGAACAGGAUUCAAGUGCUGGAUGGCAGUUUGUUCUCUGGACUCUCUAAGCUGACCACCUGUGAACUUUACACUAACCCCUUCAAUUGCUCUUGCGAGUUGCUGGGUUUCCUUCGCUGGCUUGCAGCCUUCCCCAACAGGACCAGUGAGAGGAUGGUGUGUGACUCCCCUCAUGGAUUCUCUGGGUACAACCUUCUCAACCAAAAUCCUCGCAUGCUUAACCAACGCAGUGCUCUGUAUGCGCUCAGUCACGUGUGCACAGAUGACAGCAGUAGCGCAACAUCCUUCUAUGGUAUUGAUUCCACAACUCCUCCGCCAGAUUUCGCCUCUCCCUGCGGACUGGAUGAUUGCGCUUCUGGGACCCCUCCUGAUGGGGGUGAGGUGAUCAGCUUGAGUCCCAUUUUCCCCGAUGCCAAACCCAUUAUGACUGAAAAGCAAGUGCUACAUUCGAGCGCUGUGAUAACGGUUCAGAUUCCCGAUCCGUACAAGAAAAUGUACAUCCUGAUGCUUUAUAACAAUAGCUUCUUCACGGAUAUUCAGAAUUUGAAAGAUAAAAGAGAAGAUAUUGAGUUAAAGAACUUAAAACCAAACACUGACUACACCUACUGUGUGGCUUCUAUACGAAACUCCCUUCGCUUCAACCACACCUGUCUGACCAUCUCAACAGGCCGCCGAGUUGGAACAGAGAGAUUACCCACUCAGUCAUCAGCAACCCAUUACAUUAUGACAAUUUUGGGAUGCCUGUUUGGAAUGCUUGUGUUCCUUGGCUUUGUUGUCCACUGCCUGAGAAGAAAGAGGAUCAUGGAGGAAAAGGAAAGGAAGAUGAGCAGGAUCCAGAGAACACUGAUAGAGCUAAAGUAUGGUGGAGAAGGGGAUAUAGAAGGAGGGAGUGGAGGAACCGUUUCCCAGAAGCUUGGUGCUGGGGACAGUCUGUCCAGAAUGCCCUACCUACCUCAGGGUGGUGAGAUAGAUCCAUACAAGCUUCAGGAGGUGAUAGAGACACCGGCCCACAAGCCCCCUAAACUCAACUAUAUGGAGGUGAGAGGGUCGGACAUUGAAAGGGAGAGAGAACGAGAGAGAGAAAGGGAGAUGUCACCGCAAGCAAAUCCCCAAGGCUCAGUAGCAGAGAUCUCUACCAUCGCCAAGGAAGUAGAUAAAGUUAACCAGAUCAUCAACAAUUGUAUAGAUGCUCUCAAAUCUGAAUCUACCUCCUUUCAACAGGGGAUCAAAUCCCCCUCUUCUGCAGGUGGAGGAGCUGUUUCAACAGCAGAGCCACAGCUGGUGCUUCUGUCUGAGCAAGGAGAAAGGGAACGAGGAGGUGAGUUCCUCUCCCCGGUGUACAAAGGAGGGAGAGGAGGAAGAGAAGAGAGGGGGAGAAGUUAUCAUCAUUCAUUACAGCGACACCACAGCAUGGAGGCUCCUCCAACAUCUAAAAGGCCCAGCACGUCCUCCUCUCCCGGCUCCGCCCGGAGCCCUCGCUCCUUCCGCUCAGAGGGAGGGUACCACUCAUCAGAGUCCCGCUACAUCGAGCGAGCCUCACCAGGGGAUCGAGGGGAAAGGGGGGGCGGGGGAGGUGAGCCCAUCCGCACAGUCACCCCGGCUGCAGCCAUCUUACGAGCUGAAGCCCAGAGAAUCCGCCAGUACAACGAGCACCGUCACUCCUACCCCGGCUCCCAGCAGCAUCUCCAGGAGCUGCAGCACCACCCCCAGAUCCUGCAGGAACUCCACCACCACCCAGGGGGCCGCAAGCCCUCGAUGUUAGACCCCCUCACUCUCAGCAGGCAGGCCAAGCAGAGGGAGUUAGCCUACUCCCAGCUUUCGCCACACUACCCCCUCUCGCCACAGUACCACAACCUGAGCUACUGCUCCAGCCCCGAGGAAGACGAGGAGGAGGAAGGGCUCCUCUGCACCCCGACCCUGGGGCUGUGGGAGCGGUUCAAACUGCAUCGCAAGAGGCACAGGCAGGCAUCUAUGGAGGAUGAAGGCUACGUGGCAGCCGGACAUGCGCUGAGGCGAAAAGUUCAGUUUGCCAAGGAUGAAGAUCUCCAUGACAUACUGGACUACUGGAAGGGCGUGUCCGCCCAGCAGAAGGCCUGAUCCCACGUGUGGAGAUCCCCCCAAACCAUCCGAAGAUGGAAAAUUAACAAAAGUGCAUCCAUGACAUACUGAUACACAGUGACUUAUUCAACAAAGAGCUGUAAAUACACACAAAUGCACACAUCUUACAGGAGCUACAGAAUCAGAUUGCACAUACGUGUACACACAGACACACACACGGACAUACUUUACACAAACUAAGCCUUUUCUUCUGAGAGCACGGAGGAGGACCAAACUAAUAUAUUAUACUGAACGACAAAAAUUAUAACAUAUAGAGACUGAGUUACUUUUUGUAAUGUAAUGGAAGUUAUAGCUCAGACUUAUGUAGCUAUUUGUACUAAGUUUUGAAUGAAGAAAAGCAGAAUCAUCAUUAAGAAUAGAAACCUUAAAUGUUGCUGGGCGGGCCAUCCCGAACAGUCCAGGGAUGCUUUCAAUCUCGUCGCAGCGGUGUAUAAUAAAGACUUUGCUUUUCCAGAGAGGUUGUUUUUGCAUCGCGUCCUGCGAUGCUGCCACAUGGGUAGACUUUUUAAAUUUUAUUUUAUUUAUUUUUUUAAACUUCUGUGAUUUUGGAGAUUGAAAACAUCAAAAGCAACAAAUUCUGGAUGGGUCGCCGGGCUACAGUAAUAUUUAACUGUGCUGAGAAUGAGUAGGUAGCUCUCAUCAGAGAGUGAAUAUAAUGUGCCAAAUCAACCAAGGGGAUAGUAGAGCCCUACUGUGUAUCAACUUCUCCUCACCACUGUUUUUAUAUACAGGAUUUAAAAAAAAGGGGAAAAAAACUGCUAAUAUGAUAUGUUGUUAUUACUAUUCAUUAUUCUUAUUAUCAUUACUGGUCUUCUAUUAUUCCUAUGAUCCUCAUCAUUAAUAUUCUAUUAUUUGAAUAUGGCAUGGCUCUAUCGUGUGACUGUGUUUUUUUGACUGUUUUGAAACUCUCAGCUGAGAAGUGUACACCAACAGAGACACAAACAGUCGAUGGACAAGACUUUUGAGUUCUCCUUUUUCUACCAAGAGGAAUGUGCUCCUCGCCAAGCCAGAAACAAGCCCACCUUUUCUCUUGGUGAACCCCAUCCCGCCCACACCCCACCCUAAUCCUCCUAAAGAGGAGAACGUUGUACAGAUGAGAGAGAGAAGUUCUAUAUUUGCAAACAGAGGUGACUGUUUUGUUUGUACAACAUGGGUUUUGAAAUCUUUCAGACUUUUCAGAAAUCAGAAUCCUGAGUUAGUCACCUGCCGGAUCACUUACAAAUGGUACGUUUUUGAUUUUGAAAUCGAACUUCAAAAAAAGAGAAAAACAAUUCUAAUCUUCAAAUGAAUGUCUUCAAUUCCCGUAGGGAAAGCAUAUCUGCACUGUUCAAAAUCAAAAAACGACUCUUAGAAAAAAAAGGAAAAAAGACCUAAAACUCUCAGCUUCCUUCCCGAUACACUGUAGCGCCACUGUGUUUUUAUCGACAAUUCACCCCCCCGAUCCCAACCCUAAAGCCCAUCGCCCCGCCUCCCUCACCUUCCCCUCCCUCGUCCCAUCUCCCAGGGUUUUAACGUUUGACCUUUUUUUGAAUUCUUCUGGUUCCACUGUGGUGCCAUCGUGCUAACUUGACAAAUCGCAACACAUUUGAGACGAUUUUAAGUACUACUAUUUACAGACCUCUUACCUUCGCAUCAAUACUUGUCAGUGUGCCAAACAGAACUACGAUUUGCACAAAAUGAUCCACCACCAUUGGCUCACUGCUUCCCCGCCUCCAAUCAUUUUUAAGACCAAAGUACUGUGGUAGUAAAUUGACACCUUACCCUCCCCAACCCGCCCUCUCAAAGCCAGGACCCAACUGUUGACCCACCAUCAUCCUCACAGUUAACGACUCUAGCACAUGCAUACAUGCAACUUCAAGUGUACUCAUGCACUCGCAACCAACACACAGAUGAAUGUAUUCUUCGAGAAGUUAAUACUGUUCAGCAGCUGGAUUCUGAUGAACGAGCUGCAUUCAGUCUUUGUGCCCAUUGUCUGAGAGAAAACUCUCUUUGAGAUGGCCAAUUGUGAGACCAAGAAUUGGGCGAUCAAUAAGAAGCGAUCGGCUUCCUAUAGAAUCAAAUGUGACCAAAUUGGUGCACACAGUUGACCAGUUUGUCCUGGAAGCCCAAAGCAGUUGCUAAAGAGGUUCUAUUUAAGUACUGGCAGUUGGUUGUUUCUUUUUUUAAAUAUAUGAAGUGUUAUGGUAAAAUGUGAUUAGUAUCACUUAUGUGGUGAACAGAGACUUUGUGUAUAUCUGAAAUAUCUGCAGGAUUUAAACACUGGAGGUGGAAAAUAGGAGAAAAAAAAUGUGAUAAUAUACUUUACACAGAACUGUGCUACAACAAGUCAUUUAAUGAGACUGUAAACCAGGGGUGGAGUCAACAGAGUUUCAUAUCAAUGCACUUUGAAUUUAACGCUAACCAGUUUUGCGACAUGAUUUGAAACAGAGUUGACUCCAACCUUGAAACGAUGACACUGAAAAUCUACAGAGAACACAACAGAGAUGGCAAACAAUGACAAGUUUAUUGUUGAGUGGAAACACUGUAAAAAAAAAAAAAAAAACAAAACUUUUUUUCUCUGCUAUAAUGAGUUCAGAAUGCUCAAGUCAUUAAGCCCGGUUAAAGCCAUAAUCGCGUGUGGGUAAAAUCAUCACAGCUGUCUGUAGCACCGCAAAAAGCACAUUCAUUUGUGUGGCUGGAAUAGAAGAAAAAAGGCAAAUUUUUUAAAAUGUUUUUCUUCUUCCCUGACACUGCAGCGGCUAUGACAUGGUUCCUCUGCUGCUGCAGCGAACAAUCCAACUCUGAUCUAAAAGGAAACUGAUGAGCCGUGGCUGUUGCUGCGUUACACGUUCCAGAUUGUGGCUUUAACCAAACAAUAGCCUUAAAACAUUCUUUUUUUUCAUCUUUUUAACUUUAGUGUUGCUUUGAGAAUUGAAAACAAAAAUAAUCCUGAUUUCUUAACAUAUACUUCACCCGACUGCAAUUUUAUAAUUGCUUGAUUCUGAAGCCUCACUUGAGCAUUCUUUUAGUAACAGUAAUAUCAAUGUAGCGAUGUAUUCAAUUACUGUUUUUGGUUUGUUUUUCUUUUUUUUCAUUAUGUUUUAUAAACAGUAAUGGCCUGUCUUAUCAUGUGUCAGAGAGUAGCAGAGCUCACCUCGAGUAAGACACAAACGAGCUGAUGGUCAAGGUGACCAGACGGCGGUGACCCCAAUCAGCGCUGCUAUUCUUUGAACCGUGAUGAAGUGAAACUGUGUUUUUGAAACAACAAUGCCUAGAAAGUGGAAAUAAACCGAGGUCCUACUAACAGAGAGAAAUGACAAUGGAGCAUGCUGCAAGGAAAUCCUCAGUGGAAGCUUGUGUUAUAUUCUUCUAGUGAAUGACUCAGGAGCAAGAGAGGAAGUGAGAGAGAGAGAGUGAGAGAGAGCGAGAGAGAGAGAGAGAAAGCUCUACCAUAGGAUCUCUCAGAGGCUUUCUUUAUUUUAUUGUCAAAAAAAAUUAAAAUGAGCACAAUAAAAAUAGCCUUCCUUUCACUGUCUCCUUUCCCUGGAGAAACCAUACAAAUGCCACAAGUGCCAGAAGUAUCACAGGACUUUCAUUUCGCAUUUAAAAGAUGUUUGAUGGAUUACAUUUGCUGGGAUAAACUUUUACUUGUAUAGCCAUAGAUAAUUCUGGUCUCAUAUGUUUGUGACAAGGUUGUGGACAUUUUUGCUUUUAUCUCAAGGCGGAAGCCAAAAAGAAACCGUUUGUGGUUCUCAGUGCUGAACAUUUCAGGAGACAUCUUUUUCCACAAAACUAUAUCAGUUACUCUGCAAAAUACACAAAAGAUCUUGUGGGAAGUUUUAAAAUAGUUAUACUCAAAAAAGCUGACGGUGAAACCUUUGGAUCCUUUAACACAAGUAAAUAAAUGUUCGUCAGUUUUAGGAUAUUUUAUCUCUCAGAUUUCUGCCUCCUUAUAUAGUGGAGGGAAAUGACAUUAUUUGUGGUGCUACUGUAACCCGUGUGUGCGUGUGUUACACCUGUUGUCUGUGUUAUGUUCUGUUUUGAAAUAAUGAGACGGGAUCUCUGGUUCUUUAGUUUCAACCGAAUGAAAUACAGAAAUACUGAAAACCAUGAGUUGUGUGUGCUGGGCGCCUGCGAGGCCUGAAUAACAUAGUAAUGUUAAACUAAAAACAUAAACUGGUCCAUCACUGACUUGAAUUAAACAAUUAAUCAGGCAAAUAAAUUCAAAUUUGUAACCUGGAUCGUUAAAAACUUUAGUUAGUGAAAUCAAAUCUCUGCAGGAUUCACACAGGAAGAAUAGAACAGCAUACAGCAGUUUGUAGUUCAUAUUCAAAUUGCAAGUAAUGGAUUUAACAACUGUUAUCAACAGAGUGCAAAUGCAUGGUAACCUACCUCCAGCCUUAUGGGAAAACACUGUGACCGGAGAACACCAGCACAGACUCAAACCACACAGGCAGGAGAUUAAAAUCCAAAAUAAAUUAUUUAACAGAAAAACGGGUGUUUGGGGGAAAUUCUUAAACUUGCAUCACAUCAGCUGCUAAAGUAAUAACAGUCUGACCUUUGAAGAAGUAGGGCGCACACAGAAAUGCUAAGAACUAAGAUAUGUAUUCAGAGACUGCAUUUAAAAGAUGGAUGAAGCCCCUGUGACGACGUCCUAGUGUUUCUGAAGUCCUGUCUUUGACUUCUGCUUUGCAGCUGGUCAUUUCUGUCUUUUGGGAUCCAGAAGUGACCAUAUUUUCAAGAAUGGGUAGAGUCCCAAGUUUUCAGCUAACGCUAAAAAGCUUGGUUAGCAAGACGCACUCACAGCUAGCCUAUAGAUACUAGCUCAUUAGUUCUAAGUAUCAGACUAAGAAAAUACCAGGACUUCACUCACCAAGACUGGAGGACAUUCCUCUUGAGUAGAGGUGCUAGCAAGUCAUUUUAUUGUUACAUAUUUGCAUUAAAAAUAGCCUAAAACAUAAAUGAGUAAUAAGGCUCAGAGACUAGAAUUAGCUGAGUUGUUGACAUCUUGGUUUUGCAAAAUCCAACAGGAUAAGGAGGGGUGGGUCUGACUGUGAACCUGCUUGGUCAAGUCAUUAGUCAAUAAGCAAACCACAGAUAAUCCUCCAUUUUUUUUUAACAUAAUAUAACCAAUAUUUACAAAAAAGAAAAAAAAAAGUUUAAUGUUUUAUUCAAUAUGAUCAAAACUGCUGACUCAAACUUGUCAGGAAAGCGUUUAUAGAAGUGAAGAAAACAAUUGCAAUAGAGCUCUACGAUAAUUAAGUGAAGUUGAAAAUAAAUAUAAACUGCGAAGAAUCACAGUAAAAUAUGAUAAUAAAAAAAAAAAUUAAAGUGUCAUUGACUGCAAAACAAAUGAAAUUAAAUCAGAGAAUAUUUAAUACAAACUCAGGUUAAAGAAGUUUUUAAAUGUUUUAAAAGUCCACAGAGUCAGCUAGAUGUUGUGGGAGAUGUUCCAAAAUCUUGGUGCCACAGACUUAAAGGCUCUGUUUCCCCCUCUUCUUCAACCUUAUAUGAUGAAAAACUACAAAUUCUGAGCUUGUGAACAAAGACUGUGAGCACAAGUGUGUUUAGUGGCAAGCUGGAAUACAUAGUCUGCAGAAUGUUUGUUUAAUUGUCUGUAUGUGUGAAAAAAAAAAUGCAGAAAGAAAAUAAUAAUGGACCCAGGACUGAACCCUGCAGAACCCCACAGUAAUGUUAGAGGAGAACUGGCGUACCCUAACAAUCACAGUAAUAGCAAUCACAGCUAUCACAUCUGGUGGCUUUCAGAUACAUAUUGUAUGCUGUCUGUUGCUUAAAUAAUGGCUAGCAAAUAGAAUAUUCAUUAUGGUCACCACCUGCGUUUCUUUCGUUAGCAUCCAAACAUGUACUAAUUAAAACUUAGCAUAAAGAGCAGGUGAAGCUCAUGGAUAAGACAUUGAUUUGAAUUUGAACUCUAACUCACCAAAAUCACCAGGAUCCUACCUCUGGGGACCAUGAAUGUCUGUACAACAUGUAAUGAUAAUGCAUCUCAUGGUUAAGUAUGGAAAUGGACAAACCCCUGCACAAAGAGCCAGCAUCACAGAGUGUCUGUGAAGAAAUCACUUACUUUAUUAUUUUGAAAUGUUCAACUGGGACCAUUUUUAUAAUACAAAACAACCAAUAAACCUGCAGCUACCCUCACUGUGUAGGCAGAAAUCUGAGAGACAAAUACAGCAUCUCGAACCUAUAAACAAAGCUAAACGAUCUUUAUAGCUAGAAGCAAGCAACCUGACACAUUACAGAUGAUUGAGGGUUAUACCAACUGACACGUAUUGAUAAAAAAUAAUUACAUAGAUACUUAUUAAUCCCAAAGGAAAGUUUAAAAAGCUGCUUUCAGCUGCUUCCUUAUUCACAGCAGGUUGCUCUGAGAUGUGAUUUGGCAGAUUUGUAUACUCUUCCUGAUGCAACCCUCAAAGGAUUUGUGUCUCCUCCUUGGAUUAAAUCAGGGAUCUUUCAUUUGUUAGGUGAAUGCGUAAACACUAUGGAGCCACUAUUUAGGUACUUGAACAGUGUCCUGCCAUCUGAUAUGUAGUUAAGACUGGCUGACAAAUCAUACAGAGGUAUUUAUAUUUAGUUUUGACCUAGAGCCUGAGGCCAGUUUGUAAAAAAACAUGGAGACAUCACAGUAAUGAAAACUAGUUGAUCUCUGACUAACUGAUGCUUGUAAAAAGUUUUUGUCUUGUACUUAAAUAUAUUACUAUUAAAUAAACUGCAUAACAUAUGUAAAAUAAAAUAAAUCAGUUUUGACAAACCUACACACCACUUGAAGGUGAACAUUUCCCCUUAAGAAAACGUGGAUGGAUAUGGAUACUGACAAAUCUACGACGCCCUCGAUAAAGAUCGCACUUUGGAUUGACAGCACGGUUGGGAUGGGAUGCUCACUUUGCUCGAUUUUAAUUUGACAGAUAGCAGUUGAAUGGACCAAAUGAACCUGUCUAAUGAAAACUUUAUUGACAGUAAGUAUUUCUGCACAGUGUGUGUCAAAACAUAUUUUGAAAUUUUGUGUUUUAUAUGCUGACAAAUAUGCAGCAUUAAAAGCAACUUUGACAGAUUGAAGAAAACUAGACAUUCUCCUUCUUUGUGCAGGGAACAAUCGGCGUUUGUGCAUACGGCGCUGCUGAUGUAUCCCACUUCUCGGGCUGUUUUGUGCAAAACAAAACAACAAAAAAUAAUUUGACAUGGCUGGAGAUUGAACUGCCAGCAGCUUAAAUAAUAGUGCAAAAUCUGGGCUACCUGUACAUACACAAGGGAAUUUUAACUUUCUCAAACAACACAGGAAAUUUUCCACAUAGUUAGGCGAUACAAUUUUCUCUCAGAGGCUUUGCUGUGCGUGAAGCAGGUGAGUGCACUGAUAACAGACAUCAAUGCAAUACAAGGCAGACGUUUUAAUGCUGUGCAAUGACGGGGUUACAAGAGAAAUUCGAAAUCAGUUCUUUUACAAAUGCUGGUCGUUUUACAACACAUGGACGGUUAUGUCACAUUCGGUGAUUGUAAGUGACUGUACUCCACUACUUCACUGCUUUUCAGGCAUUUCUUUCUUUCUUUUAUACAAGGUGAAUUUACUGGUACUGUUAAAAGUAUUCAAGCUGUGAAAGCAGGAGGAGCUCUGUCACAUCUGAGGAAAGCACUUGAGCGACAGCACCCGAGCUGGUCUGCAGAACGCACACUCUGAACACAAAUCCUGGUUACAGACCAGGUUAUUGAAAGGGAAUGUGUUUUUAACCAUUAUUAUGGCAGGUAAGGGCUAAUAACAAGACAAAAUCAAGUUAAAGUUUGCAAAGUGUAGGGACUUAAAGUGGCUCCGAGCUGUGAGGGGAAACAGCUGUGCUCGUUUCCAGUCUAGCCCCUUCAACUCGGUGUGCUGUUGUGGAGGGUCUCUUAGUUGAGGGGUACGGCACGGAUACAUUGGCAAGCUUUGGAAAAUCCUUGCUCUUCUACAGAACCAGAAGAGAACUUAAAAUCAGCAUCCAUGCCGAUUUACACUGUUAUAACGUGGAUGUAUUACAAUCAAAAAUGUGUCUUCUGUUCUGCAUUCAGUUGUUUCUUCCUUUUUGUCUUCUGUCAUUAGCUUUUAUAAUGCCAAUAAAAAAAGAAUACAAUAAUAAAGUACAUAAAUAGCUACAAUCACAGACAGCAUAAAAGAUGGCUGUGAUGAUGUCUCCGGCUGGUUUCUGAAGUCCUGUUUUGAAGCCUCGAGGUGAGCGUCUCCGACAUUGCUACUCCGUAUGCAACAUACUGGAUGUGACAGGAAGGGAUGGGUCUCACCUUGAAACAGUGAUCAGCUAAUGACUUCUUACUGACACGGUUGUGUUAUAUGUUUGACAACAUGUAUUCCAGUAUAUUGUUUUUAUAGUUACUUACAAUGACUGCAGCAAGAUGACAUUUUAUAGAGUCUGCCUUCAAAUACAAGA